GUCCACUCAACCCUCCAUAUUUUUCGCUUCAUACGCCAUGAAUUACAGCCCACCAGAACCAUAGUGCACGCAUCCUGAAGCACCCCCCGCUGUCAGAGAGUGAGGAGAGCAGCGUCGAGCAGACACGGAGCACCAUGUUCACAGAGCUGCUGGUUUGCCUGUUGAUUGGAGGACUCAUCUGCUUCCUGGUUCAGAGGAGCAGGAAGCAGGUCUUGAAGACCGAGGAUGGCUGGUGGGGGCCCGGUGCACCCCCUGAUGGGGGGGAGGACGUCACUAUUUAUCCCUUUAAAGUCAGCACCAGUGAUAAAGAAUUGGAGGACCUGUACACAAGGAUAGACCAGACUCGCCCUGUCCCUUCACUGGAGGACAGCCAGUUUCAUUAUGGCUUUAACUCCCAGUACCUGCAGAAGGUGGUUUCUUACUGGAGACAUGACUUUGACUGGAGGGGACAAGUGGACAAGCUCAACCAGUACUCCCACUUCAAAACUAACAUUGAAGGCGUUAAUAUCCAUUACCUGCAUGUGAAGCCCAAGAAGGUGCCGGUAGGAUCUGCUGCCAUUCCUCUGAUAAUGGUUCACGGCUGGCCGGGCUCCUUCUAUGAGUUCUAUGGACUGAUUCCUCUGCUGACAGAACCCACAGACCCACAUGACCUGGUGUUUGAGGUUGUGUGUCCUUCCAUACCAGGGUACGGGUUUUCAGAAGCACCACAUAAGAAAGGUUUUGAUUCAGUUUGUGCGGCACACAUCUUCCACAAACUGAUGCAGCGCCUGGGCUUCCAGCAGUUCUACGCUCACGGAGGAGACUGGGGCUGGCUGGUCACCACCAACAUGGCUCAGCUGCAGCCCAAGACUGUCAGAGGCUUGCAUGUGAACUUCGCCCCCCCUUCUAAACCGGGGCUGCCCAUGGCUUUAUCCGUCAUGCUUGGGAACCGCUUCCCAAAACUGUUUGGCUUCACUGACAUGGAUGUUCAGCGUCUCUACCCCUGCAUGGACAAACUGGUGGUGGAAUCCAUAAAAGAGUCUGGCUACAUGCACAUCCAGGCCACCAAGCCUGACACUGUGGGUCGAGGACUGAAUGACUCCCCAGUAGGCCUGGCUGCCUACAUUCUGGAGAAGUUCUCCACGUGGACGAGCCGUGACUUCAGGAACCUGGAGGACGGAGGACUCACCAGGAAGUUCUCUCUAGACGACCUGCUGACUAAUGUGAUGAUCUACUGGACAUCUGGCUGCAUCGUCUCCUCCAUGAGGUUCUACAAGGAAAACUUUGGCAAAGGCCUCAACGCACCUCACUCUAAGAUGACUGUAUUUGUCCCCACUGGCUUUGCCUGCUUCCCCAAUGAGCUGAUGCACACUCCCAAACUAUGGGUCAAGCAGAAAUACCGCAAUCUGGUGACAUUCACGCCCAUGGCCCGUGGAGGCCAUUUUGCCGCCAUGGAAGAGCCCCAGCUGAUGGCCGAAGACAUCCAGAAGUUCAUUAAGCUGGUGGAGAAGAAGAAGCAACAGUAAGGACUGCACUGUGUUUCUCUAGAAGUGGAAUCCUUACUAUUAGUGAAUUUCCUAAUCAUACUUCUUGGUGAUUAAGCCAGUCUAAUGCUGUGUAAUACUAGAACAUGUUUGCAUGUUUGUGUCUGCAAUUGUUGUAAAGAGGCAGAAAGAUGGUGUGGUAUUAUGGUGCUGACAGCCUGGACAUUCCUCUGAUAACAUGAAGCUACAGCCAUGGUGCCUUACACCUCUUAAUCUGACUGUAUUUCUCCUUUCAAAUUCAUUUAAGUGUAUUAAGCUUUGAUAAAGUCGGGUGCUUUUUAUGUAUUACACAAGUGUCAUUGAUGUAUUUGCUAUGCAUUAACCUUCACAUUUUGUCUCAGUAAUUGACUGACAUUGAUUGACUUUAAUUUGCUGUCGUACUUCAAUUUAUAUAAGUCACAGGUGAAGCACUGCUUACUCCCUCUAUUGAUAUAAGCCUCUGUUCUUCACAUCAUAGCCUAACAUUACAGUUAUAGUUCUGAGAAAAUGUACAUUAUCAGGUUGAUCUUGAAGAAGUGACAUGUGCUGUAUGAAGAUAGUUUACUUAAGUGGUGAACGUUGCUAAGUCUUUGAGAAUUUAAGAGAUUUUAACAUUGGCAUGCUCAAUAUAUGUGUGGAAAUGCCUUGUAAAUCACAUAUUUUGGAAUCUUCUGAAAUAACAUUAUAUCUUACAAUGAAAUGCUGAUCGAAUCUUUCCCUCUUUACCCUUUCCAGUCUACAAUGAAUUGCAAUGUUUGCUACCGUUCCAAGAUGGUCAGUAUGACUUGUAUCUAAGAUUAAGACACAAUGUUCUGUCUAUGAUCAAAUUCAAAUAAAGUUGUUAGCGGCUGUAAUAUUACAGCUUGUGACAUAGAAACAUUUCAACA